AUGAAAACAUACAUCCUUUCUUAUCUAUCACUCCUCUUGGUAUGUGUUAGAGCAAGCGCUAAUCCGGAGGCGCUGUCGACCGUCCAUGCACGAGGCCCUGAUGGCGGGAUAGUCUCCACACAACCAGAGCCCGGUGUUGUGAGUCAAUCUCAAGCAGCCUCUCAAGGUUCAGGUAGACCAGAAGGACUCUCCAGUGAGGACAAAGCUGGACGUUUCGGAUCAGGCCACCACGGCGCCACGCUGUCGCACCCUCCGGUUUGCACCGACGUCCUGGCAUCGGUCGACGACAUUUUAUGUGUCUACACGUACGCCUCGUUCAGUGACGGCAGAGGUAUCUCCAUAUUCACGACCCCAGCCGUCCAUGAGCACUUCUCUCAGCUCCUGGAACGACACUACUCCUCGCCCGAUCCCGACAUCAAUGCUGGCCCUUCCAAAUGGACUUCGAGGUUCAUCCGCGGCAAAGGCAUUGGUGUCGUGGCGACCACUGCGCUUGCCUACGGCGAGAAGCUUUCGUCCUUCACCCCGGUGUUAUUGGUGCUUCUGGACGAGCAAUCACUGACGCCUCUGGAAAGAGAACAUUAUCUCCGGACGGCCAUCCUGCAACUGCCGGCCCCGACUCGCUCGCAGUUUUUGGCCCUGACGCGCAUAUACGACGACGAUCGCAUCGAGGUCCAAGACAUCAUCAAAGCCAACUCGUUUGAACUCCAGGUUGGUGGGAUCAUGCACCUCGCCGUGUUCCCAGAGAUAUCGCGGCUCAAUCACGACUGUGCCCCCAACGCCCAGUACUACAUGCAGCCCGAGGCACUGACGCAUGUCCUCCGCGCCACCAGGGAUGUGCGAGAAGGAGAAGAACUGAGCAUCUCUUACAUCGAGCCUCUUGGAAGUGCACGGAAGAGGGGUUAUCAUCUCAAAGCGGCGUUCCACUUCAUGUGCGGUUGCGACAGAUGUUCGGAUCCAGAUGCCUCGGACGCGAGAAUGUCGAAAAUUCAUGCACUCCACGACGCUUUUCAAGACUGGAGCUGGACGGAAGACGACGUACCCGAGGUCAUCGGCGAUCUUAGCUUCUCCCCUCCUCCACCAUCAAAGCACUACAAUCAUCCGAUCACCAACGCAGCAGAAUAUGUCAUUCAGCUGCACAAUGAAGAGGGCCUCGAAGGGUUUCUAGACACUCCGUUCGGCCACGCAGCACUCGCUUACGCAGGUCUGAAACAAGAGAAACCGGCCAUGCUGUACGCGAAGAAGGCUCUGAAAGCUCUGAGGUUGAGAUUCGGGCCGGCGGGGGGCGCAAACGCCGAAGUCUGGGAGGGCAUUCUUCGUGACGGCAUCCGAAAGCAUUGGAGCUGGGGGAAACGGCUAGGUGGUAAUGAAGGGCAUCACGAAUUAUAA